AUGUCGGUAAUUUGUACAUAGCGGUAAAAAGUAAUUGACAUCAUGUAGAUCAGUUAUAUAUAAAGAUAGCAAUUCAAACAGGGGGUUAGGGUGUUUGCAGAGUUACAACAAGGGAAUAGUUUAUGUAUUAAUUGUUAUAACCAUCAGGCUGUAACUGUAAAAAUAAACGACGAAGAAGGCAUUGGCUUACCUUAUACAUCUUACGGUUUCGAUCAGAAUAGUCAUUUUUUUAUAUCUAGUGUUAGACUUGCCCUCAAAUACAGCAUCCUAACUGAAUUAUCUCAAGGAUUGCGAUUAAAACUAGAAGAUAAUAACAAAUUAGCUUUGGUUAAUAAUUUAGGUGAGUAUUACUAUGAUUACUAUGACAACAGUGAAAACAUUUCCAAGAUAAAUACUUUACAAUUUAUACCUAAAAAAUUAAUAAGUCAGUGUCAAAAUCAAGGUCAAGAUCAAGAUUGUAUUAAUUCCUACACUUAUACUUACAAAUACUCAACUGCUAACCUUGUACCUCUAAUAGAGAGUAGGAUCAUAUUAGACCCAAAAGAUAUAAUGAGUAAUAAAAAUAUAAGCCAUAUCCUAAAAGAGCUUAAAGGUCCACCUAACAACACGCUUAAAAUACUUGCUGGAAAAAAUUUUUUAAAAGCACCAGAAGGAUCUUUAUUAAAUACUUAUAAAAACGCUGUUAUAAAGACCCUUUUCGACGAUAAAAAGAUUGGAGUAUUGAACAGUAUUGCCGCUGUUUUUAUGGAUAAUAGAUUAACGUUAUUCUCUAAAAAUAUCAUCCUUAAUCAAGUAGACCACUUCAAUACUACUCUUGAUUUUAUAACAAGUACUCCUGCUUUAAAGAUAGAAAAAUUCAAUGGAACUGAUGUUGGAUGUAUAUCCAUCUGGUAUAAUCAGUGUCUAAAAUUUUAUGCUCUGACACCAAAUGAACAAUUUGGUAUGGAUGAUAAAAAUACCGAUCAAAAUUCUUUAUACCCUUAUUACUACCGCUUAUAUGAUUUGAAAAUUAGCUCAGGUUAUAAAGAAUUAGAACAAAAAAUUAAAGACUUAGAAGAGAAAAUUAAAAUUUUACAGCUAAAUGUAACAUCAAUCGCAGCAAAACCUGGACCUCAGGGUUCUCCUGGUGAUAAAGGUGAUAGAGGUAUGCCAGGCCCUGCAGGCUUUAAUGGUACACAAGGUCCAAAGGGAGAAGAUGGAAUAGGUGCUGAAGCUGCUAAUCAGCUUGUAAAUACAGUGAAGCAAGUAAAAGUUGAAAUCAGCAAUAUUCAAAAAGUAGUAGAGGCUGAUAAAAAUGCUGCUGAAAAUGCUACUAGAAAAGCUCAAAGCUCUGAGUCCCAGGUUACAAGACUACACAGACAAACAGAAAUUCUUACACAAAAGGCUGAAGAGUCUAAGAAUAAAGCAAUGCAAUCACAAAUAAGUACAGAAGCUUUCAGUAAUCAAGUAAAAGAGGUAUUUUGUAAAACAAAACCCGAAGAUCAAUUUUGCAUCGCACACAGAAGGAAAAGAGAAACGAAAAUCUUUGACAGUCAGCUAUUGACAAGUGGAGCAAAUAGACCAACUUCAUUUAUAUCUCAAGCAAUAACUUUCUUUUCCCCUUUUAUGCAGGGGGAUAAAUACAAACAAGUAAUAACUUUCUUUUCCUCUUUUAUAGGAGAAGAUAAAUACAAAAUAGAAAAUAUAAGACAAGAGCUUACCCACACAGCAAAAAUGAACUAUGCAUCUAUAGGAGAAGAUAAAUACAAAAUAAACAAUACAAUACAAAAUCAGAACCAAACAACAAAAAUGAACUAUGCAUCAGGUGUUGUGGAAAAUUUUGAAGAGGUAUUAGGAAACACUGCUUUACAAUGCGGUAUUUCAAGAAAGAGCUUAGAGUAUAAUCCAGUAACACUACACUCAACUAUUGUUGAUAAGUCAUUUAAUGAUGAUGAGCUGUUGAAAUUCUUGUGUUUAACUGCAAAAAAAUCAUGUCCAGAAUGCAAACAAAUUAACAAAUUUUUAGCUGCUUUUAAAGAUAGCAUGCAAAGAACAUUAGCAAACAAUGGUCAGUAUCACAGAAGUUUUUCUAAUAUUGAGAAAAUAGUAGAUAAUGAGCAGCCAAAAAGUUUCAUGAGUGAUAUCACUUCUCUAAGAAACAUAAGUGAAAUUGGUCAGAUGGUUGCUGGAUAUUUAAGGGGGUAAAAAUACAAAAAGUAUACAUUUAAAAUGUGUUUUUAAUAGUGAGGAAAAAGUAGGCAAUAAGCAACCUAUGAGUGAUAUCACUUCUCUAAGUAACAUAAGUGAAAUUAGUCAGAUGGUUGCUGGAUAUUUAAAGGGGUGAAAAUAUGAAAAAAUAUACAUUUAAAGUAGACGUUCAUAACGCUUCGUCUUACGAUAGGCUGAUUAAAAACUUCCUACUGCGUAUUACAGAUUAGCAAGCAAUGGCGAAGGAAAGGGGUAUACUCUUCAUUCACACAACAAUCAUUCAAUAUCAAUAGAUAACCACCGUAAUCUAAAAUUAGUGUGGAAUGAGGGC